ACUUAAGAUUAUGUUGAAAAGUAUAACACACGAUGUUCGUCAUUUUAUUAGGCAUAAUAUUUUCCGUUCCCCAAAUAUUCUGUUUAUGGAAGACUUGUCAAGAAAGUGGAGAGGUAUAUCUGUUUAAAGAGCAAAAAUACAGCUGGCUUCAGGCAGUUAAAGAUUGUGAAAAUGACGGUGGAACUUUAGCGAGUGUACGGUCAGAGUCGGAUGACAAUUGUAUUCUCUCGAACCUGAAUCCAAGUGUUGGUUCAUACUUCAUUGGGGGAAAGAAAUCUUCGUCUGGACGUUGGACGUGGCUAGAUGGUACUCCAAUUACCAAUUUACAAUUCUGGGCUGAAGGCGAGCCAAAUAACGCAGAAGGAAAUGAAAAUUGCUUACAAUAUAAGUUGUUUGGUGCCUUCGCUUAUUAUUGGAACGACGUCGCUUGUGAAAUGACUGCUGGUUAUAUUUGUCAGUUAAAAUCUUCAACCACAGAAUCAAUGUUAUCAGACUUACCUAAGCAAACAACACUUUAUGAAGAAUCAUCUGUGAAACCAUACGAGUCUGUGUCAUCAACAACAGGUGAUAAGUCAACAAGUGAUAAGUCAACAACCAGUGAUAAGUCAACAACAAAUGAUAAGUCAACAACAAGUGAUAAGUCAACAACAAGUGAUAGGUCAACAACAAGUGAUAAGUCAACAACAAGUGAUAGGUCAACAACAAGUGAUAGGUCAACAACAAGUGAUAAGUCAACAACAAGCGAUGAGUCAACAACAUCCCCAAAAGAGACAUCCGUCAAUGGUACAACAACUCCAUUUUGUGUCGACAGGAAUCAGCAAGAACAGCAUGUGGAUUGUUUGUUUAAUAUUAAUGAUAUCAAAGAAAUGGUUGAUACAGUUCUUAGUGGAGACUUAUCGCAAACAGAAAAAGAUAUAAGGAUUGACGAGGCACUGUUUAAAUUACAAUACAAUUCGUUCAAUAAAGAACAAACUCCAGAAGAUUUGGAUACCGCUAUAGAUUUUGUAGAUAAAAUCCUGGAUGCUUGUAAGAGGUGGAAUAUUUCACUUCCAAGGACGGUGAUUGUGACAAUAAUUGACAACCUCCUAGCUGAAAACCACACAACUGCAUGGAAGAACAUUUCUACGAAACAGCUGAGUGCAAGAGUCAAUAAGAUCUUCAGAAUGGUAGACAAAUUUGGCUUACUUGUCUUAGAGACCAUCAACGAGAACGAAAGUAUCACUUUUAACUCAACCAAAAAUAUGGUUUUAACUAUUGCAAAAAGUCCUGCGGAUCAAAAUGUUAUUUUCCCAGAAAACAACACCAGCUUAGGUUCAUCGUUAAUGUUUCCAGUACAGACUCAUGAUUCUAAUCAGAAUUUACCGUAUCUUGCUGUGAAUUACAAAACUCUAGGAAACCUUAUAAACAACAUGAUGAGAAAAGCUGAAAAUACAGAAUACAGCAUUUCUUCGGAUAUAAUAUCAUUCACACUUAAUUCCAAUUUACUUGGAGGGAGAUUAGACCCUUCGCUGCAUUUAAAGUUUUUAAAACAGGAAGAUUUCAGCAAUUCCAUCAGAGAAUGUGUAUUUUGGGAUUAUGACCAAAAUGACGGAGAUAAGGAUUGGUCAACAAAUGGAUGUGAAUUUCAAUCUACAGAUAAUCUUUAUCUUCACUGUGAAUGCAACCAUUUGACAAAUUUUGCAGUGCUGGUGCGACCAUAUUCAAGGAUUCAAGACGAAGAAGAGGCAUUGAGUUGGAUAUCUAUAAUUGGAUGCUCGAUAUCAGUGUUCUUGUCUUUGCUAACGGCCAUUGUUUACAUCGUUUUUUGGAAAUCUAUCACUUGUGAUGUCAGCAGAAUGGUAAAUAAGAUCACUGUGCUUCUUUGUCUCAGUAUUGCAAUGGCUUACACAUUAUUUCUACUAGGAGUUGAUAAGAUCCAGUAUAAAGUCGGGUGUAUGGUGAUUACAGCGUUGUUACAGUAUCUGUUCCUGUUCGCUUUCUUCCUAAUGCUAGCCCUUGGAUUGUACUAUUUCAGUAGCAUCUCAUUGGUCAAAAUAUCAUUUUCAAAAGCAACAACAUUUCAAAGUAAAGCCAGUUUCUUCGGUAAAAUCAUUUGGGGAAUUGUAGGUGUGAUGCCAGCGUGUAUAACCGCAGUAACAUAUGGAGUUAUUUAUGCAUUGGACAAGGAUUACCAUUCAAAGACCAGUUGCUGGUUAUCAUUUGAAAGUGGAGCUUUGUAUGGCUUCGUUGGACCUGUAGCUUGCAUUGUCCUGAUCAAUGUUAUUAUUGUAAUUAUCCUCUCAGUGACACUAUGUUCAAAAGGAUACUCACCACAAGAUAAAUCGAAGAAAAGGUCAUUGGCCGGAAUAAGAUCCAUCUGUACCCUGUUACCUGUUCUUGGAGUGACCUGGUUGUUUGGUCUAUUGUCCAUUAAUGAUGAUGUGGUCGUGUUUCAGUAUAUAUUCUCUCUGUUAAACUCUUUUCAGGGGCUUUUCAUUUUCAUCUCCAAAUGUCUUCUGAGCAAAAAGAUCAGAACGUUACUUAGUGAGAGCAUCCAAAGAAAUGACUCAGAUAAUUGGAGAAGUAGGUUUUAUUCAUUACUAAGCAGCAAUCCGCUGUCCAUGAACACGAAGGAGUUUUCAUCUGUGUCUAGAGGCAUUUCCUUCCGGCGUAAAGAUAGUAACAACACAGCUUUUUGAUAAUGCAUGGCAAAGAGAACAAGAUGAAGCAUCGACUACUCGGAGAAAUCUUUUAUAACUACGUCAUCAAUGUUACAAACUUCAUUGUUUGCUUAUACAUAAUUGUUGGCGUUGAUACAUACUUGUUUUUAAGUUGUUUUGAUGUUUCAAAUUUCAGAAUUUAUUGUUGUUUUGGUUCAACGAUUCUAAAUAUUUAUACGCAUUGAAUAAGAUAGAUAAAGUUAAGCUUCUGCAAAUGUUUUUGUAGAAAGGAACAUUCACAACUUGAAUAUUUUAAUGCAUAAUUGGUUUGGUAAAGUAUUUAUUCUUCUCUCGUUUAAUUCUAUAAUUAGGAACAAAGUAUAUUCAAUACCUUUAUCCAAAUACUAGUACUGUAAGUAGUUUUAAUUCCACGGUGUUAAAAUUUCACGAUUUCUCAAAAAGUACCAAUCGCGAUGGUUUUAAUUUCACGCUGCAUGAAAUUUAUUUAAUUUCGUAUAAGCAUUUAAACGUUUCUAAAAACUAAUGAUAGCAUUCACUAUGGGUUUAAUUUCGAGGAAAAAUGAUGAAUAGUGAAAUUAAAACCAUCGUGAUUAUUUGCCAAUGUACAGUAAUGAAACGGGAGCAACUGUAAGCAGGAAAUAUUGAAAUCUUGGGAGCAAUGUCUUAAGUUUUGUAUUGACGUGAAAAUUAUCACUUAAUCGAAAAAAAAGAAUCACUUAUCAAUGCUAUUGCAAUUUUCUGCGGUUUUAGAAAUAAUUCGUGCUAAUCCAGUUUUUUGUAAUUAUGAACAUAUGUUCUCGGCAAAUGUUGAGAUACUGAAAAAAAUUGUUUAUUACAAAAAAUGUUUAGCUUCAGCUCUUCCCAAAAGAAAUGUGUGACUGUGUGUUUGUGUAUGUAUUGAAGUUAUUCUAAAUAUAUAUAAAAUAUUAUUCCAGAUAUGAUACCUACAUGUAUUUUGUGGAAUCAUUAGAUGCCUCAGGUAUAAACUCCCUAAGAUGAAAGUAUAUAUAAAUUCUUGAAAUUAUCAAUUACUGGGUUUUGAUUUUUCGUGCAUUUAGCUUUUAAGCAAAGUCAAAAGUUAGUUGGUUUUUUUUUCUCAUUUGAAAAAUGAUAAUUGCUUAAAAAGAUAUUUCAGAUUAAUUUACAAGGAUAGUUAUUUCGCAACUACAUUUACGAGACACAUUGAAUUUAGCUAUUUCUUAUUUAGAAAUUUUGAUAAUCAGACUUAAUUUCAAACUCGCACUGAAGAAUAAAAUAAUCUAAAAAGAUAUUUCAAGGAGAGUUUCAAAAUUUCCUAAAAUUUGCCAUUCGAAGAAUAACCUUUUGCAUCGCAUUUUCCUUAUCAAACUCUAUAUAAUGCAUGUAUAUCAUAUUAAUAUUAAUACAAACUGUCGUCAAAAAAGUACAGAGAAACGCCAUGUUGUACUGAUUACCCCAAGUGAACUAAGACCUCAUCGUAACAGUAAAAUUAAAAUCUCGAUUUUUGAUUUUUUACGACGAGCAGGGCAGUUUUUAUUAUACAGUGCAAUACCUGGUUCCUUUCUAGAAAAAGUGUAUUUUUUCCAUAAAAUUAGUAUUUCUGUAAUAUUUAGGGCUCUUAGGUGAUAUCUGUUACAUAUUCUCGAGUGUAUACAUGUAUGUACUUUCAACAACAAGCAUAUUCAAAUUUCUUCAGAAUUGUUUAUAAAUCAUUUGUCAACAAAAUAUUUCUUAAAGAAAAUACAUGCCCUGAAUUAAAUCUUUAAAACUAUAUAUUAUAAUAUUUCCUUUGUUAAUAGAAGAAAUGGAGUAUAUUGUUUAUUGCAAAUUUUACAGCAUGAAUGUUUGAAUUAAAACCAAUACAGAAAACGACUAUGAAAUGACUUAAUUCCUAUAAACUAAAUAAAGUGUAACUAGAAUGCUAAACCACUUAAAA